AUGGCUUCAAAAAUUAUUUUUUGUUUUAUGAUUGGGUUUUUAGGAUUUUUGCCAGAAAUUACAAAGGCAACUGAAUUUUGGGUAGGAGGUGAAAAGGGCUGGACCCUUGAUGUUGAUUAUCAAGCUUGGGCCAAGGACAAAACUUUCAAAGUUGGAGACACAUUAGUCCCUCCACCAAGUCAAGGUUUAACUUCUGGCCAUGAUGUUAUUACAUUGGCUAGCCCUGGUAAACAUUGGUACAUUUGUGGUUUUCCAACACAUUGUUCUGAUUAUAGCCAAAAACUGGUCAUCACCGUCGAAGGUGGAGCUCCGGCACCGGCACCGGUACCGGCCAUGGAGUAUUGGGUUGGAGGUGAUAAGGGAUGGACCAUUGAUGUUGAUUAUCAAGCUUGGGCCAAGGGCAAAAAUUUCAAGGUUGGAGACACAUUAGUUUUUAAAUUUACCAAAGGACAUCAUAAUGUGUUCAAAGUGAACCAAACAUCUUUCAAAGACUGCAUAGUCCCUUCAAGUGGAGGAUUAACUUCUGGUCAUGAUGUGAUCACAUUAGCCACUCCUGGUAAAAAAUGGUACAUUUGUGGUUUUCCAUCACAUUGCUCUGACCAUAACCAAAAGCUUGUCAUCACCGUGGAAGGCGAAGCUCCGGCACCGGCAACUCCCAUCCCUGCACCGGGACCGGCUACUAAGGAUGCUUCAAAUAAUUCAUACAAGGUUACUAUAUCUGCAUACAAGAUCUUUGUUGGAGGUGUGGUUUUAGUUUGGACAAUUCUAACAUUAGUUUGA